AUGGCUCUGAUUAAAUCCCAACAUCAAUGGCUAGAGUGGCUGGAUAAAAACGCUAAUUAUGUUAGAGUGCUGUCGUUCGAUUUCAGCAAAGCAUUUGACAGUGUGCCCCACGAUCUUUUGUUUGAAAAAGUUAAAAAGCUACCCAUUAAUCCGUAUGUGGUGAACUGGUUAAUUAGCUUUCUAGAAAAUAGAAUACAAAGAGUAAUGGUUGAUGGAAUGGUUACAGAAUAUUUAUAUAUUAAUCGUGGUGUCCCUCAAGGUACUGUUUUAGGCCCAGUUCUUUUCUCAAUAAUGGUUGAUGAUAUUAAAACUGCUGAUCCUAGUAAUGCGUUAGUCAAAUUUGCUGACGAUUUGACGUUAGGAGUGCCCGGCAACGAAAGUGGUGACACAUCUCGAUCUGAAGCUGCCUGUUUACAGGAUUGGGCGGAAGAGAAUAGAAUGCCCUUAAACUUGGAAAAAACGUACGAAAUGGUUGUUCGCAGACACACCUCUGUAGUUUUGCCCGAGCUUAUCCCUUCAAUUAAGCGAAAAACAUGGCUAAAGCUUUUAGGAGUUACUCUACAAGAUAACCCGUGCAACUGGGAUUUGCACUUUGAAGAAAUGCUCAAAAAAGCAAGUGGACGAAUGUACAUUAUGAGAGUUUGCAAAUACUAUGGACUAUCAAUUAAACAAUUUGAUCUGCUGUUUGAUAGCCUAAUUAUGUCGAUAUUCACUUUUGCUAUUGAGCUGUGGGGUUGUGCAUAUGACGGUAAAUAUUUUAACCAAAUAGAUAAAUUCAUUAAACGUGCACAUAAGAAUGGUUAUAUAUCAAAACGAACACACAUUAAAGAAAUACGUGAUAAGAGAGAUAAGAAACUGUGGAACAAAAUAACAUCAACUGAGGACAAUGCAUUGCUUGAACUGCUGCCGGAAAAAAGAAGUAGGUUACUUAGGCCUAGAGGGCAUGAGUAUGAACUCCCCCUAGUGAGAACAGAAAGAUUCAAAAGGUCGUUCAUAAAUCGUUGUCUGUAUAACUUUGUUUAG